AUGGCGGCGGCGGCGGCGGGACCCGAGCCGAUGCCCAGCUUCGCGCAGCUGCUCCGGCGGGGCUGGGGCAGCGCGGUGGCGGCGGCGCGGGGCGCGGGGGCCGGCGGGGACCGGGGCUGGGGCCUGGCCGAGCACGCGCACCUGGCGCCGGCCGAGCUGCUGCUGCUGGCCCUGUGCGCCCUGGGCUGGACCGCGCUGCGCUCCGUGGCCACCGCGCGCCUCUUUCGGCCCCUGGCGCAGCGCUGCAGCCUGGCACCCAAGGAUGCGGCGAAGCUGCCUGAGAGCGCCUGGAAGUUUCUCUUCUACCUGGGUGCCUGGAGCUACAGCGCCCACCUGCUCCUCAACACCGACUACCCCUUCUUCCACGACCCGCCCUCCACCUUCUCUGACUGGAAGUCAGGCAUGGCAGUGCCCAGGGACAUCGCGGCUGCCUACCUGCUGCAGAGCGGCUUCUACGGCCACUCCAUCUACGCCACCCUCUACAUGGACACAUGGCGCCGAGACUCGGCUGUCAUGCUGCUGCACCACGUGGUCACGCUGCUGCUUCUCGUGUCCUCCUACGCCUUCCGGUACCACAACGUGGGCAUCCUCGUGCUAUUCCUGCAUGACAUCUGCGACGUGCAGCUCGAGUUCACCAAGCUCAACGUCUACUUCAAGUCCAGGGGCGGCGCGGCCCGCCGGGUGCACGCGCUGCUGGCCGACCUGGGCUGCCUGAGCUUCGGCCUCAGCUGGUUUUGGUUCCGCCUCUACUGGUUCCCGCUCAAGGUGUUGUACGCCACGAGCCACUGCAGCCUGCGCGCGGUGCCCGACAUCCCCUUCUACUUCUUCUUCAACGCGCUGCUGCUCCUGCUCACCUUCAUGAACCUCUAUUGGUUCCUGUACAUCGUGGCCUUUGCCACCAAGGUGCUGACGGGCCAGAUGAGUGAGCUGAAGGACGUCCGCGAGUACGACACGGCCGAAGGCCCUCCCAGCCCCAAGCCCAGCAAGGCCGAGGCGCCCCUGAGGAACGGUUUCCUGAAGGACAAGCUCCUCUGAGCG